UGCGCAUUACGUUGUGUAACGAAUCCUAACCUCCAAAGUGCGUCUACUAUUUAUUUAACGAAAUCAAAAAUGGGCUCAAAAAAGAAGAAGCAACAAUCAGAAAGCUCCAGUUCGUCGGACUCCGACGGCGAGAGCUCAGAUUCCUCAACAGAAAAGCGUUCAAAGCGCAAAAAUAAAAAACAAGAUUCAGGAUCAGAGACAGAAGUGUCCCCAAAGAAAACAAAGUUUGCUUCGAAAUCGAAAAAACGGGAGGCUUCGCCGGCCAAAAGCGACGACGAAGAAAACAGGAAGAAGGAAAAGAAGAUCAAUAAACCGGCAGUGGAAGAGAACGAUGAUAAAUACAGGAAACGAAGGCGAACGCCGUCACCAGAAAAUCGCGACAGGAGGAAUAGGGAUGAUAAGAGGGUGAGAAAUGAUAGGGGGCGGCACGACGACCGACGAUGGCCACCUGAGCACAGAUCCUACGAUGACCGGUACAAAAACAGACGCCCGGAUAACAGGGACAAUCAGAAUAGGAGAGACAGGAGGGAAAACCGCGACAGAAAUAGGCGAGAUGACAACAGGAAUUACUCAAACAGGGACCGAGACAGAACCAGAGACCGCAGACGCAGCCGCAGCGGUUCCUUUGACCACUCAAAUGCAAAAUGGGGUAAAAGCGGCGACGGAAAAUCCGAUAAGAAGGACCCAAAAGAAAAAGAAAAACCGAGUUUUGCCCUCUCUGGGAAACUGACUGAAGAAACCAAUACUUAUCGUGGGGUUGUUAUUAAAUAUAGCGAACCCCCGGAAGCCCGCAAGCCCAAACGGAGAUGGCGUUUGUACCCUUUUAAGGGCGAGAAGGCGCUUCAGACUUUGUAUAUUCAUAGGGAGAGUGCGUAUUUAAUAGGGCGUGAUCGCAAAGUGGUAGAUUUACCAGUUGAUCACCCUUCUUGUUCCAAGCAACACGCCGCGUUGCAAUAUCGUUUGGUUCCUUUCACUCGAGAUGAUGGCAGCACUGGUAAGAAGGUGCGGCCAUAUUUAAUUGAUUUGAAUUCGGCGAAUGGAACCUAUAUCAAUAACAAGAAGAUUGAAGCCAGUAAAUAUGUGGAAUUGUUGGAAAAAGAUGUUAUUAAAUUUGGGUAUAGUUCGAGGGAGUAUGUGUUGUUGCAUGAGAAUAGUAAAGAUGAGGCGCAAGAUGAUGAUGUGAAACAAGAAGAAGAAACUGUUACUGUUGUAAAAGAGGAGAAUUAAUUGCACUUGGGAAUUUUACAUUACUCUCUGAUUGAAAAAUACUGACAGUCGACUUAACAAUUUACAGUAUCAAUUUCAAAACAUAAAUAAACUAUACAACAAUAAAUAUAUACAUAAUCAACAA